AUGACGGAUCCUGACAGACUACAAUGGUUUUACGUGGACCGCACAGGGCAGGAGUUUGGCCCUUUCCGUACCACCAAGAUGCGUUCCUGGUUCUCGCAGGGCUUCUUCCCCAUCGGGGAUGAGCUCCUGGUGCGCCUGGGGGACUGGCCUCCAGAGUCCCACGUGCCAGUGAAGAUCCUGUACCCCGAAGCUGAUAGCAUCUUCGUGGGUGGCCCUCAAUCCCCCUUCAGCGCCGUGCGGCAGCCCAGGCGGCGCAGCCGCGAGCGGCGGCGCAGCCGCUCGCGGGAGGGGCGACGGGAGGAGCCUCCCUCGCGAGGACGCAUGGAGGACUAUCCGAUGGACUACGACCGGCCGCCGCCGCCGGGCUAUGGCCCCCCGCCCCCGGCCUAUGGGCUGGGCUACGGGCCGCCGCCGGGCUAUGGCGCCUACGGGCCGCCGCCAUACGGGGCACCGGGCUACGGCCCACCGCCACCGGGGUAUGGGCCACCGCCACCAGGGUAUGGCCCGCCACCGCCAGGGUAUGGCCCACCACCCUUCGGCUAUGGCGCCCCGCCCGGCUAUGGGCCGGGCUAUGGACCACCAGGAGGACCACCGGGAGGACCACCAGGCUAUGGACCACCUGGCCACGGGCCGAGCGGCCCAGGGAGUGGCAGAUAUAGUGGGACACUGAAGUCCUUCAAUGCUAAGGGUGGCUUCGGGUUCAUCGACUGUCCAGUUCAAAGCCAAAGGGCAGAGCUGGAACGAUUCACCGAGGUGGCGGCGCUCCAGAAAUUGGACCGGAUCCCGGCCGCCUUUGAAGUCUGGUGCUACGGCCGCCGUGAGGACGCCGAGGCCAGGGGGGUGGUGACGAAGAACUCCACGCCGGUGCCGCAGCCGGCGCGGCUCCUGCCGCGGCUGCCGUUGUUUUUGGGCGAUUUGGAUGAUGCAAAAGACGUGGACAACUUGAAGAAGUUGGGCAUUGGUUGCGUCAUCAACCUUUGUGCCGACAAAGUUGCGAGCAGCCGACGGUACCAAGACGUUCCAGGUAGACUGGCGAGGGCUCAGAUCCACCACCACAUUCUCGUCGCGGAGGAUGCCCGGCAUUUCAAGAUCCUGCCUGUUGUACAGGUGGCAUUUGGCAUCAUCAACGCUGCCUUGGCGCAAGAGACGAACAAUGGCGUCUUGGUGCACUGCUGGGGUGGGGUCAACCGCAGUGCCGCCUGUGUCGUGGCCUUUUUGACAACGCAGUAUAAGGUGCCUCUCUACGCUGCUGUGGCGGAGAGCAUGAAACAGCGAGGCACCAUUUUGACGAAUCAGUCCUUCCGAGCCCAGUUGGUCCGUUUUUGCUUCCAGCAGGGCUUGGACUUAUGUGGUGAGGAGGUCCCCGCGGCCCUGUGGCAACCACCGGCGGAUCCGGUGGCUCUGGGGGAUGCGCAGAGCUGCAAUGAUCCAACGAAGCGGCACAAGAAGGAGCCGCCCAAGGACAGCAACGACCACGGCCUGCGCUUUGCGGCGCGUGAUGGUUGCUUGAAAUGUGUGAUGGACUAUGUCGAGCAGGGCGUAGACCCAGAGAAGAAGGGCAAGAAUUAUUCGGCGCUGGGAUGGGCCGAAUGGAAGCUGGGAAGGGCCCUGGAUGACCAAGAGAAGCGACAAUACCGUGCGAUUCUGGUGUGUUUGCAGCGAGCCAGAGGGCAAGCAGUGCGUCGACACUACACCAGGGAUGUCUACGUCCACAAGGCACAAAUUGGGGACCUCGAGGUUGGUGAGGAACUCAAUUUUCUGGUGGAUACCAACAAGGACGGGUACCCUCAGGCCCGUGACAUCCGUCGCAGAGACGGCUCGAGGCCCGGUCAGAAGAGAGGAGGCGGGGGAGACGGUGAUGAUGCCAACGGCGAUAACAUGUCGAAGCGGCCCCGGAGGAGAGGAGGGAAGGGCAAGCGGAAGCCCAACGAAGGAGAUGGAAAGGCAGGCGACGGCAAGGGUGGAGCCGCACCCGCAGAUGAAAAGAAAGCGGCGGAGUCGACCGAAGCGCAGCCGGAGGGAGAUGGGAAGGAGGAGGAGGAAGCGCCUCAGACAGCUGAGGCAGAAAAGGCUGAGGGAAAUGAAGCAGAAAAGGCAGAACCAGCAGAAGCAGAAGCUGAGGUGGCAAAUCCUGCAGAGACCUCAGAAGCUCCCAAGCUCGACGGUCCCAGUGUCGAUGCUGUUGCUUCCGAACCAGCAGCUGAUGCUGACAAGGAAGCGCCGGCUGCACCAGCGCCAGCUGAACCAGCGCCAGCUCCAGAGGUAGCUCCUGAACCAGCAGCGUCAGAGCUGCCGGCUGCUGAAGCACCUGCUGUGCCAGCCGCAGAGCCAGCCCCGGCUGCGCCGGAAGUGGCGACCGCUGCAGAGGCCCCGGCAGUGGCAGAGGCCCCGGCCGAGGCCCCACCUGCGCAGGCUCCAGCGGAAGAACCGCCUGCGCCCGCUGAGACGACUCCGGCGGAAUCGGCGGAGAUGCCGAAAGAAGCUUAG